UGACCCUUUAUCCCUAUCACUCCCAUUCUUCUUCUUCUUCUUCUUCUUCUUCAGCUCCAUUGCUGAAAUCCCAAAUGAACCCUUCAAAACCCAACAAAUUCCCACUCAGUCCCUUCCUCUGUUUCCUAUUCGUAUUCAUCGCCAACACACCCACCACCACCUCCGACUUUCUGGUCCGAGACCGAAACACAAACCCCGAAGCCUCUUACACCCAGCACUGCAACGAUGUCGUUCCCGAGUCCCCCUUUGCCCCCAACACCUCCUUCUUAUCCUCGUUCAUUGACACCUCCAAGUUCCUCCGGCUCGGCACAGGUUUCUUCUCCGGCGGAGACCCGAUUUUCAACGGAACCGCCGUCGAUACCCUGAAAACUCUCUCAUUCAUACCGUACCGUUCCCAGAAGACCGUCUCCGAUGGCGUGUACAAGGUCCAAGCCUCCAUGAGCCUCCGAAACGGGUUUGCGUUAUCGCUUUUCGGCAGCCCGAAACACCGGCGGUUGCGCCAGAUUCGGUUUCGGGGACCGAGACGGUCCUCUUGGCAGGCCGUAGCGCCGUUUUCGCUUACUGGGUAUUGGUCAGAAUCCUCUGGGAAGCUCUGUAUGGUUGGAUCGGGCUCCAGCUACAUUGAUCCGGGUAAUGUUAAGCGUUUUGAUGUUGUUCUUAAGCUUAAUUAUCGGAUUAAUUCAAGUAUUUAUGGUAGUUUGAUUAGUGGGACUUUAGAAAGUAUGCAUGAUGAUAAGGAUAAUUCGAACUAUUUUGAGCCAAUUUCAAUAUUGGGUUUGAAUAAGGAUCCUAAUUAUGAAUACACGUUGGUUGAGAAAGCAAAUGGGAGUGAUUGUUUGAGUGGAAAAGGUGGGGGAGAUAGUUUGUCUCUAAGCAAGUGGUUUCUCAGUGGUGGUUGUGCUGUGCUCGGUGGACGAACCGGCAGAUAUGAAUUGGUGUAUGGGAGUGAUUGUGGUAGUGUCAAUUGCAACCCCUUUGGUGGGAGUGUUAGGUCUCUGCCAAAUUCGAUGUAUUAUCAAGGAAAUCAGUGUAACCAAAGAGGAAAGGUGCAGAUGUUAUUGGGUUUUCCAAACUCUAGUUAUAGAGGUAGUGAGUUUCCUUUUGACCCUAAUGUGACAUUGAUUGCUGAGGGUGAGUGGGAUGAGAAGGAGAAUCGGCUUUGUGGUGUUGCGUGCCGGAUUUUGAAUGUUACAGAGUCUUGGGCUAAUGCUUUUGUUGGAGAUUGCUCGAUUAGGUUGACUUUGAGGUUUCCUGCACUUUUUACCUUAAGAAAUCGGAGUGCAGUUGUUGGGGAAAUUUGGAGCAAGAAAGAUGUGAAUGAUUCUGGUUACUUUGGCAAAAUUGGGUUCCAAAGUUAUUUGGCAAGAUCAAUUGACAUCCAAAGUCUUAAAUAUGAGUAUACCGAGAUUGACACAGUAAGAAAGUCGUGUGCGAAAGGGAAGAUUGUUAAAGGCAAGGGAAAGACAUAUCCUGAUGGGAAUUCAUUGGACAUGAGAUUUGAUAUGUCGCUGACAGACAGCAAAGGAAAAGUAGCAAAAGGUUUUUCAUCCCCACUAUUUGUUGGCGAUCAGCUUUACGCACGGUGGGACUACCCACUUGUGCUGCGAGUGCCAAGGCUAGCAGAGCCUGUUAAAUCUCAGCUGAAUAACAGCCAUAGCAGCAUGGUUAAUAUCAGCUACAGGAUGAGCUUCACAACUCCACAGAAUUUCAACUCCGGUGACAAUACUUCAUCCAAAGUAGUCUAUAUUUCUGCUGAAGGAAUAUAUUAUAGAGAUACAGGUCUAUUGUGCAUGAUGGGAUGUUGGCAUCUUGGAUCAAAUAAUCAUAACUUGAUUAGUAACGAUUCGUUGGACUGUGCAAUAAUGAUUAGUGUCCAAUUCCCUCCGUUGCAUGCUGAGCAUGGUGAAAUUGUCAAGGGAACUAUUGAAAGCACACGAACAAAGUCAGAUCCUCUUUACUUUGAACGUCUUCAGUUGACUUCUAAUUCAAUAACCAAUUCUCAAGCUAAAGCAUCCAUUUGGAGAAUGGACUUGGAGAUUACCAUGGUUCUGAUUUCUAAUACACUAGCAUGUAUCUUCGUAGGCUUGCAGCUCUUUCACAUGAAAAAGCAACCGCAUGUGCAUCCUUUCAUCUCCAUUGUGAUGCUCAUUGUUCUUACGCUGGGGCACAUGAUUCCUCUGCUGUUGAACUUUGAAGCCUUGUUCGUGGCUAACAGUAACCAGACGAAUGUUUUUCUUGGGAGUGGUGGAUGGCUUGAAGUGAAUGAAGUAAUAGUAAGGGUGGUAACAAUGAUAGCUUUCCUUUUGCAGUUACGUCUUCUCCAACUGACUUGGUCUGGGAGACAAGGUAAUGAAAGGCAGAAGGAGUUGUGGGUUUCUGAAAGAAAGGUUCUCUAUGUGACUUUACCAAUGUAUAUAGCCGGUGGGUUGAUUGCUUGGUUUGUGCACCAAUGGAAGAAUUCUUACCAGAGACCUUUGGGGCCAUUUCUACAACCCCAUCGCAACCGUUACCCGCUUCGUGCUCUCCAGCGGCAUUCUUUUUGGGAGGACAUAAAAGCUUAUGCUGGUUUGCUCCUGGAUGGUUUUCUACUUCCACAAAUAUCAUUCAACUUGUUCUUCAAUUCAGGAGAAAAGGCUCUUGCCUCUUCCUUUUACAUUGGGACCACCAGUAUUCGUCUGCUGCCUCAUGCUUAUGAUCUUUACAGGGCUCACAGUUCUACAUGGUACCUUGAUUUAUCAUACAUUUAUGCCAACCAUAGAAUGGAUUUUUAUUCCACCGCCUGGGACAUCAUCAUCCCUUGUGGUGGUCUGCUAUUUGCUGUGCUAAUUUACUUGCAGCAGCGAUUUGGAGGCCGUUACAUUCUUCCCAAGAGAUUUAGAGAGAGUUCUGCAUAUGAGAAAGUUCCUGUUAUUAGCAAUGACGAUUUGUGAGGAAAACUCGUUCAAUAUGGUUUUACAACAUUUACUACUGGAUACACAAUUUAUUGCACAGAAUUGACUCUCAUUGUUUUAAUGGAAGCACCCCCAAGUUCAAAUUUCCGAUGUUUA